AUGGUAAUCAAGUAAAUGCAUACAACGAUUAUAAAACUCUUAAAACUAGAAUAAGAGUAUUAACUCCAAAUUCACCUGAAUAUAAAAUGAUUUCAAAAUAUAUAGAAAAUACUCAUGGACCAACACAUUCUUUUAAAUUAACAAUAGAAUAUGUAUAUGAGGCAAGAAGAUUAGGUGAAUUUCAACGAUAUGAACCGAAUAUGAGUUUUGGAAAUCGAAAAUUAUUAUGGCAUGGUACAAAACGAUCUAAUUUUCAAUCAAUUUUAGCUAAUGGACUUUCAACGCAACCUCCAUCCACUGCUCGUAUUCAUGGCAAAAUGUUUGGUGAUGGAAUUUAUUUUACGGAUGUUGUUACAAAAGCAGCUGGAUAUUGUGAAACAAGUAGAUCUGAUCCAUAUGGUAUUUUAAUUUUAGCUGAAGUUGCCUUAGGUAAACAUUAUUACUUAAAAAGUGCUAAAACUGUAACUGAUUUAAAAUAUGGAAAGAAAAGUGUAAAAGGAUUAGGAAAAUAUAAACCUGAUCGAACAGAAACAGUAAGAACAGAACAUCAUGCUCAUGUUCCACUUGGGAAAUUACAAUUUAAUAAUAGUAUAGGAACCAGCUUAGAUUAUUCUGAAUAUAUAGUAUAUGAUGAUGAUCAAGUAUACGUAGAAUAUUUGGUAUUAGUUAAAUUUCAUUUUUAAUGUUAUUUUUCUUUUACCAAAAAUUAUGAGCAGUUUAAAUAAGAAUAUUGAAGUAAUUGUGAAUCUUCGCUUGUUAAUAAAAGAUUUAUUUACUUUUA